AAGCGUAUGAUAUUCUAUCAGAUCCUAAAAAGAAGGACGUGUACGACAAAUAUGGAAAAGCAGGACUUAAUAAUGAAGGAAGCGGUCGAUCUUGGCAAAGGUAUCAAUCCUGGAACAGUUCCUACGGUGUUGACGACUCUGAGAAGAGGAUGAUGAAUUUUUCGAAUAUUGGUCCUCCUAUCAGUAUCAGUUCCAGGAGAAAACGAGAGUUACUGUAGCUGAGUUAACAAGAAAUAUGGUCAUGGAUUGGCAAAUCUAUGUUAGGGUCACUAAAGUUCAUGGAUUAAGACGGUAUUCCAAUGCUCGUGGUAGUGGAUUUAUCUUUAAGGUCAACUUGAUGGACAACAGUGGAGAAAUCGUGCUCAUGGGAUUUGACGAAGUCGCCCAACAGUUUGCCAGCAUAUUCCUAGAAGAUGCUUGUUACAAAAUAUCAGACUGUCGUAUAAAUAUACAACGAUGUGGCUUGUACACCGCGAUAGACCACAAACACGAACUGGUUCUGGAAUUUUUCACCCAAAUUUCCCCCAUUGCAGCAUUCCAACCUAAAUUUACACCUCGGCUUACACUUAUUAAAGAAAUUCCAAAUUUGAGUAAUGACAUUUUAUUUAUCAAUACGAUCGGUAUAAUAAGUGACGCUGAAGACCCUUUCAUUUACAGCGCAAAAUCUGGCAGACAAACUUUAAGACGAAAUAUAAAACUGGUUGAUAGAUCAGGCUAUCCGGUUUGGCUUGCUGUGUAUGGUAAUCAAGCCAGUGAAAUCAGUGAUGCUGUUCUUAAUGAACAAGUUAUUUUGAUCAAAGAUGUUAAAAUUGUUAGGUUCGGUGAAAACAAAUUCAAUUUGCACAUGUGGUUCCAAACUUCUAUAAUGCUCAUCGAACCUUCUGGUAAGAAAGCUGAGGAUCUUCGUGUAUGGUGGAAAGCAGAAAGGAACAACGAGAGGCAGAGAUUGAUGAUAGGUCAUGAUUCCAUCGACCCUGAAACUCACCAGACAAACUCCACACCUGCAACCUUAGUUACUGAAUCUUUUGUUCAAGUUGAGGAGAGGAUUAGUAGUUGUAUUGCGAAGGGAUCAAAAGGAGAAGAAUAUUUCAAUCUGAUAGCUGUGGCUACUAUUAUUAAAAGAGAAAACGUUAUCUACGCAGGGUGUCCAGUAUUAUUAUGUCGCAAGAAAGUUACCGAAAUCACUCAACCUACUAGUUCUGGUAACCAACCUAGGUUGGGCUACUUCUGUAGGAAUUGUAAUGAGACUUAUAAUCAUUUUAAAUAUGGGUUCGCCGUUAAACUCUUCCUUAAGGAUUACAGUGGAGGUCGUUGGGUAACAAUAUUCAAUGAUGCGGCUGAAGAAUUUCUUGGACAAUCUCCUGACGAAUUGAUAAAGCUUAGGGAGGAUCUCAGUGGAUUCGACUUCGAGCAUGUCAUGAAUAAAAAUCUAUUUAAACGUUAUGUUUUUAGACUCAAAUCGUACGUGAGCAACUUCUUUGAGGAUCAUAGGAUUGAGUACAACGUCAUUUCUUUGACGAAACCGGAACCAAGGUCCAUCUCAUAUGGGUUAAUAAAAGAAAUAUUAACCUUGGAGAGUACCUGAUAUCCCAUUACUCGGAGAUGCAAAUUGCUGGAUGUUUCAAACUGUAAAUGAUUUUUAUGCAAAUAAUGAUUUUUAUGUUCAGAUUUUCAAUUUUUGUAUUAGCACUGCUGUUGCGAAUUAUUGAACAAUUACGACUAUAUUAUUUAUAUAAUGCAGUUAUGUUUGUCUGAUAAAUGUGACAUCUUGUUUUUGAGUUUUUAAUUGUAUUCUUUCAGUUAUCGUUUUUUUCUUCUAUAAAGUGGGAUAUUUUAACCAUAUCUUUAUUUCCGAGUCAUGACCUUUUCGAAAGAAAGGAAGUCAUUUAGAAUACAACAUUUUUUAUGACAAUUAUUUAAGUGUAAUUUAUCAAGUUGACAAACAUUUCAUUCUGAAUUUAUACAUUUCAUCCGAUUCCCG